AUGAAGCAGGUGUAUCUUUGUCAGAGGCUGAGGUUUCUAAUUGGUGUAUUUUUGGUCGUGUGUAUUCUUUCGGGAACAAACGUAUUUUCCGCUGACGGCGCGGUGCCUAGCCUUCCGCAGAAUGUCCUCGACAACAAAUGCGAGCCUCAGGCUGUUAGCAAAGACGCGCGUAAAGUGCUGACGCUGACGAAGGAUCUGGAUACCAUCAGCUUCAGUUGUGGAUCCAACACAAACGCGAAGCUUUCUCCAGAUGCAACUUCUGGGAAGUUCUACGCGACGGAACAAUGCUCCACGGAUAAGCAGAAGACGUUGAAAGACAUUUGGGGCAACCACGCUGUACUAACCGCGCAACCAGAGGUCGCAUCACAACCGAAAGUGUACCAGCUGACCAUUCCUAAGCAGGAGCGGAAGGCAGACGUCCUUUACUACAGCUGCAGUAUCGAUGAAAAAGCUAGAGAAGCAAAACUGGACGAUGCCAUGAAUGAUGAAGAGCAGAUGCAAGGAGCGACAGAAACGCAGAAAUGCACAGUCAUCAUCAAUGUUACUUCAACAGUUCUGGACCCUCUUUCUCCUCCAGCAGCGCAGGAGAACGAGAAUGGGUACCACGAAGAUGGGGCUGGCGCCGGGGCAGCUCCCGCAGGUACCUGCGACCCUGGUAACCCCGAGACACAACAACUCCAUCUGACACUCGAGCCUGGCCAGACCAGUGUUAAGUUCAAUUGCGGGUCGAGCGGAGAUGUAUCGCUCACCCCUAGCGUCGCAGAAAAGAAGUUCUGCGUGGACGCAAGUUGCGAGCAAAGAGACUCCCUCUCGGCUCUGGGCGAAGGUGCGGCUCUAAUUGAAUCGAAAGAGACAGGGAAGUCUGUUUACACUCUAACCGUCCCGUCGAAGCCGGAGAAGGAUCAGGACGUAAACUACACGUGCAAUAUUGCAGGAGCGGUCGAAGCAGAUGGACCCAAAAUGGCUUCAGGAACGAAGGAGGACAAGAUAUGCUCUGUGAAAAUUAGUGUUCGUGCCGAAGGCAACUCGCCGACAUCUGCUUCCCUAGUGAAUGCGGCGUCGUGUUCUGCCGUUGGACAGGCACUCUUUGGCCUGUUGUUUGCACUAACGUAG